UGCAUCACAUACAGCUUUGAAUACAACAGAAUGAGGCGUAGUAGAGUUUCACGGGUCAGUUGUUCGCUGACGUGCUGCUGCUAAGCUCCCAAGGAAGUUUUAAUUUUUUUAGGAUUUUAUUAGAAUAUGACCGCGAACAACAUGGCAGAUCCAAGACGACCGAGUAAGAUUUUUCGCUACAAGCCUCCCAACACAGAAACUAACCCCACAUUGGAAGAUCCUACACCGGAUUACAUGAACUUGCUCGGCAUGGUCUUCAGUAUGUGUGGCCUGAUGCUCAAGCUUAAAUGGUGCGCAUGGAUUGCUGUGUAUUGUUCAUUCAUCAGUUUUGCCAAUUCACGAAGCUCAGAGGACACCAAACAAAUGAUGAGCAGCUUCAUGCUGUCCAUAUCGGCAGUCGUGAUGUCUUAUUUGCAGAACCCACAGCCCAUGUCGCCACCAUGGUAACAAAUAAUCCAAACCCAGUAAGCCAUCUCAGCAGGGAUGGCAUGAGAACCAGCUGAUCCACCCACAGUCCUUCUGGAACGCAGGGACGUACACUCAAAAGCCCAGCUGGCCAAUCAGAGGCUGACAAAUUGACUGAUGUAGCUCCUGUACGAUCGUUUCAAGUUUUCUCUGUGCUCACCGGUUGUUUUUAUGUAUGUUAUCACACUAUGCUAAAAUAUUCAUAUGCUGUGAAUGAUUUUGAGAAAUAAAUGAGCGAUUUUG